GGCGGGCCAUGUAAAAUUUACAGUGCCCAUUCCGUGGUCUGCAGUCUGGGUCUUUGUUUUAAACCACGCCUGAGCCCCACUUCCGCCACCGUUCCUCGUUUCCGAAUCCGCCCCCUUUUCCAUUUCCACCGGAAUUCACAGCACAUAUAAGCACAUCUCGCCACAAUGUGGUCGGGAAGAUUCGUUCGCUCAUGUCUUCGCUGGUAACUGCUUCUCGAUCUCGCGGUUCCUAUCAACGAGAUGUAUGCACGGCGUGCAGAAGAGGGAAGACUAAAUGCUCUCCCCGCGAUCCACGCACUGGCAAAUGCGAUAAUUGUGCUCGUCUGGAGAAAAAGGUUCAAGUCCUCAUACGUUUAAUGGCAGAAGACUCUAAUGUGCUGCUAAUACACAUCUUCAGCACAUGCACCCAAACAACGUGUAACGUCCUAUUCCGUGCCGAAGAUAGCUGUAACAGGUCUUGCACCAAAUCAUGGCCAGAGCGCGAGUUUCCACCCAACUGCUCUUUCCUUGGUCCCAGUUCUUCGAGAGUUCGUCAAGGAUGCGCUGCACGACUCGGAGCUCGAGAAGAGCAUUGAAUGGGCAGGCGAAUUUUUCGACGGAGCAUUUGAUGUGAAAGCAUUCCGGGAUCAUUUGAAUGAGGCUGCACAAUUGGGACCCUCCCAUCCGUACCUCGUCCAAUUGUGUCAUUGGGCCCUCAUUUUACGGCGACCCCGCAUCAAUGUGAUACUAGAGGGAGAGGAUGCUGACGAGCUUGUGUCGACU